UAAGUCAUGCAUGGGGCAUUCCCAAUACUCAAUAUACAUCGGGUCAGUGAAGCAUUAUGUGUUUGUAUUUUGUUAUGGACGUACAGUUAACAUCAAAUAUUGAAAGAUGAAGUUAUUCCGUUUCAGAUUUAUAAUUUUAGGGCUAUUAUUAUGUAUAUUUCAUGUUUGGUGUCGGACUUGUGGAACCUUUUUCACUGAUCCUGCUUCAAGUACAUACUUAGCAAAUAUUGUGAUAGAGGGGAUAGUAACUCAAAAGUUGCCCGUGGGGCAGGAUUUUUAUAGAGUGGUGGUGAAAGUGACGAAAGUAAGAAAAGGUGACAAUUUAUUACCAAAAGGAAAAAGAACAAGAACUUUAGUAAUUGGAGAAUUCAGUGAUACUGUGAAUUAUGAAAGCUGUAUACCAAAUAUCACAUCCACACGUGGAACUGGACAAAAAUAUUUCUUCUUUUUAAAAAAAUCAUCAAGUGAUCAUUUUGUUAAUUCAGCAUUCCCAGUUUUAGUUACCAAAAAAACUUCAAGAGCUGUACGAAAAUCAGCAUGCCGAAAAUGUGAUAAAGCUCCUUCAUUAAAAACAAUAAAAGUGAACAAGAAAAGAUUUGUUGAAGGCAGAAAAUUUCAGUUAUCAUGUCGGAUACGAUCAGCACGUCCGCCACCAGAAAUGUUAUGGGAGAAAAAUGGCAAAGUUAUAAAAGCUAGUAAAAAAGGCUUUUCUAUUAAAAAAACAAAACGUGGUAUUGUUCUUCGGAAGAGGAAAGCCACACUAGCAGACAGUGGAACAUAUGUGUGUGAAUCAAAAAAUGUGGUUGGCAAAACCAGACAGGAAGUCAAAAUUGAAGUCAAGAAAAAACCUACAAAGCCUCCUAAGAAUAAAAACCCUAAGAAAACUACAACACAAAAACCAGCCAUUGAAAUAAAUGAGGUGACACCAACAUUAUUUUAUAAAUGUCCACCAAAACAUGAUGGCAGAUGUUUUAAUGGAGGUACAUGCGAAAUCAUUGCAGAUUUAGGGAUACCAAGAUGCCGCUGCCCGGAUACGCACACAGGUGAGAGAUGUGAGCAGAGGAGGCUACCAAAGAACAUUCCAGCAAUAGAGGACUGGGACCAGAAAGCUUUGGAGAACGAUCGCAGAUUAACUAUAAUUGGUAUUGUUAUUGGUAUCUUAGUCUUUGUUUGUAUCUGCAUCGCUUCAUAUCUACUUGCCAAGAGAAGAAGAAAUAGAUUCUUUCGAAGGCAGGCAGAAAAGAGGCAGCAAAAUAAUCAAACUAAAAACAUUCCACCUUCGUACAGCAAACUACCUAGUCUAGAUGAAGUCUCAGAGAUUUCAAAGUUCAAACUGUAUGAACGUGUUACCAUGAAUCACAGGGAGACCCAGACGGAUGAAACAAGUUUUGUCACUCCCAACCCACAUACAAACUUGAAUCUGUAUCUCAAUCCAAUGGAUAAUGAGGAUUUUAUAAGGAAUGCAGGUCCAAGACGUAAUUCUCGUUCAAGGUUGUCAGGUAUAUCAGAUGGUCGAAGAAGUCAGCCUUUAAAUGGCUCUGAAAACCAUGAAAAUCGGAAUAGUUCUAAUAAUAAUAUGACAAGCAUUGAACCAGUUAUAAAAAAUGAGAAGGAAUUAAUGGCAUAUAAAAAACCAAAGGUCCCUAAAUUUAGUGAAGGUGAUUUAAGUAGUGAUGAAGAACAAAUUAAAAAUUCAUUGCCAUCCCUUCACAUCAGUGAAGAGGACCAAUCUAGUGCACCUUUAGUGAGGAAGUCUAACCAAUCAAGUGUUCCUUCUAUGGAGUUAUCUCCAGACUCUUCUCCCAAGAGAGACAGUCCUGUUGGAGUUCACAAUCCUGUGGUUGUUUACACUCCUACAAGUAACAGUGAAGAUAACUCUGAAAUCUCUUCAUCAAGUGAGUGUUCAUCAUGGAGUAAAGAGGAACUCCGACAUUUGAAUAAAAGUAGAAAUUCAGAAUCUAACAUUCAUAAUGAUAGUAAUUAUUCAUGGAAUGAGAGAGGUUCACCUGAACUGGUCAGAAAGACAAAUCGCCGUAGAAGUUCAAAUGAUUUGAGAAAGAAUUCAAUUACUAAUCAGAAUGAAAUGUAUUCUCAUUUAGCCACCAGUGGUGCCAAUUUUCACAUCUAUGAUCUACGCGAUGACGACAUACCUAAUUCAAUACCAGUGUGAUUCUUGGACAUUUUCAUUUCGUAGGGCACAACAAAACAACAGUAUUUAAAUAUUCUUAAAUUCCAAGCAAUGUAUCAAAAAUUCAUAAAGACAUAGUACUUAAGCAUGUUUAGUAUUACAAAUACUAUUAUUAUGGCCAAUUUUAUCAGGGUUAUGAUUUCAUUUGUACAUUUCAUUUAUUGUUCUUUGAAUUUUAAAUAUCUCCAAUAUUCUUUGUAUAACUCAAUUAGUUAAAUUUAAAGUUUUUUGUUUUCUUAAUUUGACAAAUUUAUUUUGUUAUAACUUUAGUUAUAAAAUUGUGUUUAAAAAUUUGAUGUAAAAAAUAGUUGUACACAACUGUGUUUUGUAUGAAAAUCCUGUCUCACUACCAAAAUCAGUUACUAUUCUCAAAAAUGUUGAAUAAGUAAGAAACUCAAGAUUCCUUUUUGAUCAUUCAUAUCUUUUUCUUCAUUUUACAAAAGCUAUGAAUUUGAGUGAUGUAAGAAUGAAGAAUAUAUGGAAGUCAACUCUUAGGGACCAAAUAUUAGUUUUAAUAUUUCAUUGUUGUUAUGUUUCACAAUAUAGAAAGAGUUUCUUUCAAGUGUGUUUAUGAAUGACUUUUGAUUUUAAUAUUAGAACAAAAAAUGUUUGUUCUUUUUAAUAAGUUUAUGUUUGCUUUUUUCCGACCUAUAUCUUAAUCAUAGAAAGUGUUCAUUUAAAAAUACAUACAGGGUUCAUUCAUUACAGUAAUUAUAUCUUGCAGUUACUAAGCCACACCAAUUUGAUAUUAAUUUCAAAAACCAAUUGUUAAGUCAAAAUUUAUGUUUUUGAUAAACUUUUCUUCUGAAUCACCUGUAUUAAUAAAAAAAAACAAACACAAAAA